UGAUAAAAAGUUUAAAAAAGGCGACAGUAGAAUGCAACCAGACUAGUGGUUCCAUGGCUUCGAUAUGAUUAAGUGGUUCUUGGUCUUAGUAUGUGUGUCCGCGGUGGCCGCUAGGCGGUCCCCUAAUGCCGACUACAUCGAUGAGUUAGAAAGCACCAGACAGGGCAGAUACUCCAGCGAUAUUCUUGAAGAUGCCAGGCUUGAUGUACCAGGUCUUUUGGCUAAAUAUGGAUAUCCAUACGAAGUCCAUAAUGUUAUAACUGAAGAUGGAUACAUAUUGGAGAUGCACCGUAUCCCCCAUGGAAGAGAUAGGAACAACAGGCCUAACCCUAACAAACCCAUAGUCUUUCUGAUGCAUGGACUGUUAUCGUCUUCCGCUGAUUUCUUGGUUUUGGGCCCCGGUAAUGCUCUAGGUUACCUUUUAGCCGAAGCGGGUUAUGACGUGUGGCUCGGCAAUGCCAGAGGAAACUUCUACUCACGGCGGCACAGAAGACUUAAUCCUGACAGUAUUAUAAACCAGAACUUCUGGAAAUUCAGUUGGGAUGAGAUUGGCUACUAUGAUAUUGCUGCUUUCGUCGACUACAUUCUACAAAGGACUAAGCAGUCCAAACUUCAUUAUGUAGGGCACUCGCAAGGUGGAACUACCUUUUUGGUACUUAAUUCAUUGAGACCUGAAUACAAUAAGAAAUUUAAAUCAUUCCAAGGUCUCGCUCCAGCUGCUAUUUUCACCAAUAAUGAUCAUCUAGUUUUUUCUGCAUUAGCGCCAUUUGAAAAUAUUAUAGAGACUACUGCUUUUUCCAUGGGAAUUGGCGAGAUUUUCGGUAACAGAGAAUUCAUUACAUGGUUUGCGACUAACUUCUGUCACGAAGGGUCGAUAUUUCAUCCUUUGUGCGGGUAUGCCAUGACUAUUGUCACUGCUUCAGAAAACUUUAAUCAGGUGAGCUCAUAAAAUAAUGUAACAGUU